AUGAGAAUCAAGAACAAGCUGGAGGAACUAUAUAAUGAAAGCACCAUUUAUUUAUCAGGAAUUCCGGGCUGUGGUAAAAGUCAAAUUGCUUGUCAAGUGGGACAGGAACUCUAUGAAAAAAGUUUGCGAGAAGACCAAGGUCUAACAUUUGUUUCAACUCUGAAUGCCGAAACCCUUGACUCACUUGCCGACUCCUGUUUCAAUCUAGCUAAACAACUGGGAGUUACGGAAUACGCUCUGACCAACCUAGCCAGGGACCGCGGAGGGGGAGGGGCUGGUAGGGCUAUAGCCCUACCACUUUUAUCGCUGGGAUUUAUUUCAUAGGACUCCAGUUGACAUGGAAAAAAUUUCCGUGGAAUUAUUGGACUUUGCCCUAUGGAAGAGUGGGAUGUUUGCUUGUCCGAACGAUUACAACCCGAUGUGCGUGCAAGGAUAAUAAGAUGUAAGGCCCAAAUGGAGUGAUUUGACUUUUUCUCUGCUUUGCAUCUUGGACAGCACCUUUAUUGCCACACCGAUAAUCUAUCUAAGGAUCUUCAGGGUACUAAGAUGGCUGCUGUCAGUGGACAACGCCUGGCAAAUCUAACAAAGGGGACGCUCACAAAGAUUCGCAUUGAUCAAAGCUUCGACCAAUUCUAUGCUAAUGUUGCCCGCAAGAGUGAAGGCCUGCUUGGCGAACCAACGCUUCCAAGAAAACGGCACACUCCGGCCAGACUGAAGGUUGGUGCUGGUGAACCAAGCUAUCCCCAAACUGCUGAAGAUCACAUUGUACGGGCCUAUUAUGAGGCUAUUGAUCUUAUCGUCAGGGCUAUCUAUCAGCGCGUUAAUCAGGAAAGCUUCAGCUCUUAAGUACAGAUGGAGACCCUUUUGCUUAAAGCUGCUAUAGAUAAUGGUGACGACUAUGAGGCAGAGUUCAGUUUCUUGAAGCAUAAUACAGGGAAGAUGUUGCGAUACAGGGGCGCUACCUAGGCAACUAAGUACUAUGGAAGGAGAAGAUAUCAUGUUUUGACGAAAUCCUGUUGGCGGUGUCAAAGUUUCCAGAACCAGAAAAGAAGCUAAUCCAGGAAGUCAGUUAAACUAUCUGUAAGCUGCUUGCUGUAAAUCCUAUUACCAGCGCUGCUGGCGAGGAUUCAUUCUCAUCUGUACGUACGGCGUCUGAAGACGUGGCGUCGAUCCAGGAUGGGUGAUGAGAGGUUUAGCAACCUAGUAGUAACGUUGAAUAGUUACAAGCUGAGAACAGACAGUGUCUCUAUAGCUGACGUCGCACAGGAGUUUGUUUCCAGCAAUGAGGACCGCAAGAGAAACUUCGGCACUGCUGACAACUUCAAAGUAGCAAUUUUAGGAAGGUUUAUUCAACAUAUUGGCUAUACUGGAUACUAUAACACGUGACGACGUUUAUGUUAUAUUUGUUGAGGUUGUAAAUAAGAUGGCGCUCAAAUGCUAGACUGCGAGCAGUCUAUCUUUUUCUUCAGAUUCCAAGGGGAAGUGCACGCGUCUGUGAGCGUGUCUCGGGCGUUUUGCUCGACGGACCAAGAGAAAAGAGAGACUGCUCGUAGCCUACGCAAAUGCAAGAUAAAUGGCGAAAUACUGAACUUAAUGUUUCUUUGUAUUGGUAAGAUUUUUUAGCCCCAGCACUUUAAAAUGGUCUCCGCGGUCCCUGACUAGCAACCUCCACGAAGGUCGACUCAAGUGAAAAAAUUCAACAUUUGAUGCGUUUUAUUUCUCCAAAGGUAAAACAAUUUUCUGCCUGGCUGAUUAUUGUGGAUAAUGUUGUUGACCUAUCCUUGGUUCGUAGUUAUCUGCCUCCAACCGCCAGUGAAGAAUGGGUCCAUGGUCAGGUACUAGAUCGGUACUAG